AUGGCAGAGGUAGACGAGUAUAGAGUUAGUAAGUCUUCUCAGUCUAUGUCUGAGCGUCCUCCUGAGGAGCAAGAUGUGGGUCAUUUGCCAGAUACUGCAGCUCUAAGAAGAGAAAAUACCAGAAAUGGUGGAAUGAAAGCUGUAUGCAAAGAAGUGACAACCACAGAAGAAAAAAGGAUACAUGAUAGUCCGAAAAGUUUUCAGUCACUGGUUAUCCCCCAGCCUCAUCCAAUGAAUGAGGCUAUUAUUUGUCUUACUGGGACUCCAGGUCAAGAAAGAGAAAAUGAAGUGGAUAUGGAAAUGAAAGGCUCUCCAAAGGAAUAUCCUCCUCAAUUCAAGGAAACUACCUCUGAGACUUUUUCUCUGGAUAAUGUGGUUCAUUUAGCUAGGACUACGGAUGAAAGGCCAGAAAAUAUCACAAAUGCAGAAGUGAAAGAUUUAUGCAAAGAGGCAACAUUAACAGAAGAACGAAGAAGACAUGAUAGCCCUGGGUCUGUUCAGACACUGAUUGUUUGUGAACCUUUCCCACGGCAGAAGAACGGGAGUCAUUUAGCUCUGACUACAGAUCAUAGAAUAGAAAGCGAAGAAACCACAGGAAUGAAAGCAAAACCAGACGGAGGAGUCAUGACACCAACAAAAGAACAAAGAAGACAGAAGAGUGUGGAAAAACUGGGGACACUGGCUAUUUCUGAAUGUCUUCCACAGAGAAGCAUUAUUGAUCAUUUAGCUGCAAGUGAAAAUAUGACAAAUAGUGAAAAAGAAGUUACGGUCAAAGAAAUGGCAUCAACAGAAGAGCCUAGGAGGAACAAUGACAAUGAAAAAGUCCCACCUUGGAUUGCUUCUGCACUUCCUUCAACAAGAGAGCAUCUGGGUCACUUAGCUGACACUAUGCAUCAAAGAAGAGAAAAUAAUACAAGUUUAGAAAUGAACGAACCAGAGGAAGUAGUGAGAUUACAAGAAGAACAGAGAAAGCAUGACAGCCAUGAAAUUCAGUCAUUGAUUGUCUCUGAGCACCUUCCACAGAAGCAUGAUGCGAUUGGCUUAGCUGUUACUAUGGAUCAAAGAAGACAAAACAAGACUACCACAGAAAUGAGCGGUCCAUGCAAUGAAGAGACAUCAACAGAAGAUGAAGGAAACUGUAACAGCCAUGAAAGUGUUCAGUCAUUGGUCAUCUCUGAGCCUCUUGCACAGGAGGAUGUUGUCCAUUUACUCAAGAUUGCAGAUCAGAGGGGAGAAAAUGUGGCAAAUGGACAAAUGAAAGAAAAAACAAGCUUCUAUGUGACAUCCAGAGACCAGAACAGGGAAAAUGGCAGUGAGAACAGCCAGCCAUCGCUUAAGCAAAAAAGGAAGACAGGACUCAGCACCACGAUGGACACAGUGGAAAAGCUGUCUUUUGGCAACACUGCUGCUGCUCAUGGUGGUGGUGGUGGUGAUGGUGAUAAUGCAUCUGCUACUUCUGAAACCGGAAAUGGAUUCAUCCAACAAAUGAAUUGUGGGAAGGCUCGGGACCAUCAAUUUCCUGUUGAACAAAAAAAGCAUGUUGGGCUGAAUAAGAAAACAUCUGGUGAAAAGAAUAAGGCUCUGAUGUAUGUGGCUGCUAUGGAUGACCAGUUAUCUGAAUCAUUCUCUGAGGAUUAUGACUUGCCUGAUUAUGACAAUAUAUUGAUGAUAGUUAACCAACUUCAAAUGAAGUACAAAGAUUCUGGAAAACCACUGGAAAUUCAGGAGACAGUUCGUUCGUAUAAAAUGUUAAUAGAAUGUAACCAAAGUCACUCAGAAUUGCUUAUCAAAAAAAGUAAGAAGAAGAGAAACCAAGGGAGCAAAGUAAUGAAGAAGCCACGAAAAACAGAAAAAGCAAAACAGCUCAAAUGCAAAAAGGAAGAGCAGGAACUAGAUCUCAUUGAUGUGGGAUCACCUGAAAAACAAGAAGUGCAAAAAAGAAAUGCUGGUGGUUGCUCUGAAAAAGAGAAGAAACAAUUAGCUGAAGAGGAACAACAAUACAAAAGAGAAAAGCAACAACUGGAACUGCACCUUAGAGCACAAGAUACGGAGCUGCGGCACCUCAGAAAUGAUAUAAUUAAGUUGCAAGAAGCACAGCAUCCAGAGACAAAGGUUGAACAUGGUGACAACAUGGCAAAGGAACACCUGCAAAAGAUUGAACAUGAAGUUUUCAAGUUAGUAGAAACCGUCAAAAAGCAAACAGAGACAAUAGAACAGCUUGAGAGAAAACUACCAAGUGAAGAUAAAACAUUGACAGAAACUGGCCAUCGGACACAAGCAGGACAAGAGUUCCUUAAUACUUUCAGAGAAAUGUAUACGACUUCAGUAAUGAGCCAGCUGGAACUCAGAAUUCAACAUCUGGAAAGGGAAUUCUCUGAAAUUAAGACCCGAACACAUGAGAAUGUUAUGGUGCUGGAAAACUAUGUCAAAGUUCAUCAGUCACAUAAACUGAUGGAGACUGAAGCUAAGCUGAAGGAGGUCACCACCCAAUUUGUCAUGCUGAUUCAGCACAACACAGCAUUACUGAACUUGCUAAGCUCCAUAAUUGUCUCUGAGUGUCCCUGCAUGACAAAUUUUCAUAGAAGAUUGGAGAGCCUCUUUACCCAAGAAAACACGGUGACUCCCACUUCAGGCCCACAACCUUCAAAUCAGUCCAUAACAGCCCACCUAGAUACGCCUACGAAUGACAUGGACGAUUUCAAUAAAGCACUCACCAAGUCGGUUCUGUCUGCACAGUCUGAGCUGCAUCAAAAAAAGAAGAAAUGUCUGGAAUCAGCUAAAGAGAAAAUUCUAAGUAAAAAUUGUUUUAAACCAACAAAAACAUCAACUGUGUGUGAAAAUGGAGAGCAUAGUUUCUCUGAAGUUUCAAAUACCAGGCAAUUUGAAAAGAAUAUUCCAGUUGAUGAACAACAACAUGAGAUAGUAAGAGAAGAUCAAGAAAUGUUUGACAACAUACCAGGGAACCACAAUGCCUUGUUCAUAAGCCCAAGGGAAUUCAAAUGUACAAAUCUGGAAUCUGAACACUCAAAAGAAACAACUCAUCAAGCCUUAUGUAAAGCUGAACCAGAACAUUAUAAGGAUCCCUGUCUAGGAUGGGUAGCAAUGACAAGUUCGUCAUCUCAAGGACAACUAAGGUCUAAGGACAGACAAGAUGGGUCCAUGAUGAGAAGGAACUUCAAUAAAAUGGAAGCUUAUACACCUGCAUCAAACAUGUGCAUGAUGAGCUCUGAUUCAGGGUUUGGAUCUGGACAACUCUACAACAGUUUAGGAUACAGCAGAAAUGUCCUGCAAAGAGAACCCUUAAUGACAAGCUCAAGACCACAGCCCUUUGAGAAUUCGUUGAGCUUCCUAAACAAGGUAAGAGAAGAAAAUCAGCAAACUUCUUAUGACAAAAUAGGAAACCAUAAUGCCUCAUUCAUAAAGCCACAGAAAUCUACACUUUCAAACCUGCAGUCCAAACACCCAGAAGAAGUAAUUCAUCAAGCCUCAUGUAAAGCAGAACCAAGAUACUAUGAAGAGCCAUAUCCUGAAAGGAUAGAAAUGACAAAGCCAUUACCUUAUGAUCAACUACAGACUAAGGACAGGCAAGAUGAGUCCUUGAGGAGGAACUUUGAUAAGAUGAAGGCUUAUAGUUCUAAGCCAAACUUGUGUACAACAACAAACCCUGCUCCAGGGUUUGGAUCUGGACAACUCUACAACAGUUUGGAACACAGCGGAAGUCUCACGCAAAGAGAAGCCAUGAUGCCAAGCUCCAGGCCGUAUCAUUUUGUGGAAAGUCUGGAUAGCUAUCUAUGCAGGACAUGGCAGCAACUUCAUAACCACUGCUAG